UCUAAGCAAACGGAAGUAAAGUUGGUUCGUGAAGAUUUAAUAGCUGUUCGAAAAGAGCGACGGAGUAACAUGACUAAAAAGACUGAGAAAAAGCUUGGUGAGGCAACCGCCAAAGAUUUUUGA